AUGAAAUCUGUGCUUAGCGCUGUUGCCGCGAAACCCGUGAGAUUAGUUCCACUGCCUGAAUAUUUCAGCGCCUGCGCAGAUUGAGGAAAGUGCUGGAAGACAGCGCGCCUGGCGCCAUUUUGCGAGAACCGGAGUAGCUCCGGCUGCAGUGCUGCCUUUACUUCGGAGACUCUGGGACACAGCCAUACUUCGCGUCACCUUACACACCCAAAGGAACGGAGUGAACCGGGAUUCCCCUUGCGGGGACCCGGAACUGAUCUGCUACGAUGGCAUCCGAUGACUUUGAUAUAGUUAUUGAAGCCAUGCUGGAGGCUCCUUAUAAAAAAGAAGAGGACAAGCAGCAAAGCAAAGAGGUUAAAAAGGACGGCGCUAACAGCACCACUGACAGCUCCAGUGCCAGCAGCAGUGGGCCCGGGGCCAGCAGCUCCAGCGGGGAGGCCGGCAAGAAGAAGAGGAGGAGUCGAAGUCAUAGUAAAAGCAGGGACAGAAAGCGCAGUCGUAGUCGAGAUCGGGAUCGGCAUAGAUGGAGAAAAAGUCGGAGCCGAAGUCGAGAUCGGCAGCGUCAUCAUCACAGCUGGGAUCAUAGACACAGUAGUGAGUCACGAAGUCGGGACCGACGUCGGGAGGAUCGUUUGCGCCACAGGAGUCCACCACUUGCCACCGGGCAUCGGUAUGGACACAGUAAGAGCCCUCACUUCAGAGAGAAGAGUCCUAUCAGGGAGCCAGUUGAUAAUCUGAGUCCCGAGGAGCGUGAUGCCCGCACAGUAUUCUGUAUGCAGUUAGCUGCCCGCAUUCGACCUAGAGACCUGGAGGACUUUUUCUCUGCUGUUGGCAAGGUGCGUGAUGUACGUAUUAUCUCAGAUCGGAACUCGCGUCGCUCUAAGGGUAUCGCUUAUGUGGAAUUCUGUGAAAUCCAGGCUGUGCCGCUGGCCAUUGGACUGACCGGGCAGCAGCUGCUGGGCGUGCCGAUCAUCGUACAGGCCUCACAGGCUGAGAAAAACCGACUGGCAGCCAUGGCCAGCAACCUGCAGAAGGGCAGCAGCGGGCCGGGGCGCCUCUAUGUGGGCGCCUUGCACUUCAGCAUCACCGAGGACAUGCUCCGGGGCAUCUUCGAGCCCUUUGGCAAAAUUGAUAAUAUUGUGCUGAUGAAGGAAUCAGAUACAGGCCGCUCUAAAGGUUAUGGUUUCAUUACGUUCUCUGAUGCUGAGUGUGCCCGGCGUGCUCUGGAACAGUUGAAUGGCUUUGAGCUUGCUGGUCGACCCAUGAGGGUUGGCCAAGUGACUGAGAGACCGGAUGGUAGCACAGACAUCACUUUCCCCGAUGGGGACCAGGAGCUGGAUCUGAGAUCAGCUGGUGGACAAUUGCAGCUCUUGGCCAGAUUGGCUGAAGGCUCUGGAAUCCAGCUGCCAACCACAGCUGCUGCUGCUGCUGCCGCCCAAGCUGCUGCCUUGCAGCUGAAUGGAGCCAUCCCUUUGGGGGCCUUGAACCCAGCAGCUCUAACUGCAUUGAGUCCAGCCCUGAACCUUGCCUCCCAGGCAAUAGCCUCCCAGUGCUUCCAGCUUUCCAGCCUCUUUACCCCCCAGACCAUGUGAAUCUCAGGGCCCAACUCAUUUUGUCUGUGGUUAUUUUUCUUUCCAUUGGCUUCUCACUUAACCUCUUCUUGCCACAGGUAAGUCAAUGGCACAAUAUACUGCCGCCCUGUGCCUCUGGGUCCUGCUAUGUUCCCUUCUCCAAAUCUAUCCUUCCAUGGCCCCUUCUCUCCUUUCUGUGGACCAAGCCAUCUUGAGAGCAUGGACAUUGACUCUGGGGGAAAUGGGGCCACCCUUCGAAACCAAGAAGAGCUCCCGCCCACGGCCCACUGGGAACAGACUCUGCUGAGCAAAGCUGCUAACCGAAGAGGACAGAAUUUCCAUGCACAUUGGAUACUUGUCUCUCCGUAUCUCAUCUCCUGGAUUCAUCGCCCUUCCCACCAGCUCUUGGGACUUCUCCUUUCCUCCCCCACUGGGAAGGCCAGGGGGCAUUAACUGAGGGAGCUCACCUCUGCUUUUCCUCUACCUUUACUCUGCAGUCUGUCAAGGAAAAACCCCUAAGACUUCUGGCCCAAGGAGUUUGGAGUUUUGUGUGUGUGUUGGGGGGGGGGGGGUUAACCUUAAAGGUGCUGGAUCGUUGCUGUGAAAGAGCCCUGGGAGAUCACAGGGGCAUGUGCAUUUUGAAGCCUGUCUUAGAGCUCAGCUUGGGGUCAGAACUACUACUGUGAACUCAGCAUCUGGCUGGGUGGCGUGGGCAAGCUCCUUCCAGGGAUUUUAGUUGUUUUAGGGGCAUUCAGGAGUUUGAUGAGAGAUGGGAUCCCUUUCCAACACCCUCCGUCUCCCUUUAUGUAGUUAUCCUGCCUUUGACCCAAAGAGGGGGGAUGGAGGUGAGGCUGCUACUCUCCACCACUUUCCAUGUGCCUCUGCCUUGGGCUUAACCCCAACUGUAAAAGCUGCUCCUGUCCCCCACGUGGGUACAUGUGAGUCCUUCUCACUGGAUUUUAUACCCUGUGUCCGUGUACAUAAAUAUAUAUAAACUUUAUAUAAAAGGCAAGCCCUGCUGUCGUGGUAGCUGCGGCCCCCAUCUGUGUCGUCGCAGUGUGUCUGUCCGAUGUCAACUUCUUAAAAGCCAAAAGCACGAGUGGUUCUGGGGAUAUAAAAUGUAA